AACUUUGCCCGUGUACCAAGCCCCGGACGCUGUCCCGCUGCAGAGCGGUAAGCGGGACCCCGCUUGGGCCCUGCGCCUGUCCCCGAGGGGCGCUGAGUUCCCGGGCGCUGGGAGGGACAGGGAGGGACAAUUGUCGCUUCCCCCAGCGGUUCCCCCCGGCCGCCAGCCCUGUGUGCUGUUGGUCACGAGUGCGGAGAGCGGCGGAGCGGGAGGCGCGGCCGGAGUGCCUCGGGAUGAGCGGGGGGACGGACGGGAGCCAGCUGGACAUGAUGGACCACCUUGCAAACACAGAGAUCAACAGCCAGCGCAUCGCUGCAGUGGAAAACUGCUUUGGGGCUUCUGGGCAGCCCUUAGCCUUGCCAGGCAGGGUGCUCCUGGGAGAAGGGAUUUUAACCAAGGAAUGCCGCAAGAAGCCAAAGCCUCGCAUAUUCUUCCUUUUCAACGACAUCCUGGUCUACGGCAGCAUCAUCAUCAACAAAAGGAAGUACAACUCCCAGCACAUCAUCCCCCUUGAAGACGUCACUCUGGAGACGCUGCCGGACACCCUGCAGAUGAAGAACCGCUGGAUGAUUAAAACCUCCAAGAAGUCCUUUGUGGUGUCCGCAGCCUCCCUGACGGAGAGGAAGGAGUGGAUCAGCCACCUGGAGGAGUGCAUCAAGCACCUGCUGAGCAAGACGGGCCGGCAGCCCUGCAGGGAGCCCGCGGCUCCCUGGAUCCCAGACAAGGCCACGGACAUCUGCAUGCGCUGCACGCACACCAAGUUCUCCACGCUCACCCGCAGGCACCACUGCCGCAAGUGCGGCUUCGUCGUGUGCGCCGACUGCUCCCGGCAGAGGUUCCUGAUGCCCCGGCUGUCCCCCAAGCCCCUGAGGGUCUGCAACCUGUGCUACAGGCAGCUGCUGGCAGAGAAGAAGAAGGAGGCAGAGGCGGAUCGCAGGCAGACGGAGCCCAUCCCCUCUGCCAUGCAGGGCUACGAACCCUCCAGCGGCGAUGACAGCGACAAGUCUGACGAUGAGAAAGCUGAGCAGUGGCCAGCUGACACAGAGUUCUAUACCUCACAGGUAUCCUGGUCAUCUUUCCACAGCUGACCUUCCUGGGAGUUGGUGGCAUUUAAACACUGGGAAGCCAACCUCUGGCCUCCAGUGCGUGUCCUUCUCCAUGAUUUCUCUGAAGGCCGUGCCUAGGCAGGUGGGUCUUGGCCCCUGUGUGUGGUGUCAGAGCUGAGACAAGGUUUCCCCUCUGAGAACGUCUCAUACGAUCACAGAGAGCACAGAGAGAACAGCUCAGUGAAGAGCACUGAGGACUGGGGCAGCACCCUGUGGAUCAGUCUUGUCCAAAUGAGCUCACCUUCAGUGCCUUAUUCUUCCUCUCUGCUAAAACAUCUCUUGUUUGAAAUGUUUUGAGAUUGGCUCUUGAGGAGGAAAAGGAGCAUGAAAUCCCAGAGCUGAACACAUUGGCCUGCUCACGGUUUGUUCCUCACGGCAAGGGCCACUCUGGGUAUCACUUUCCAUGAGCAUUCUGAGAUUCUCACUGCAGGCAUGCCAGCCUGAGGGAAUAGCUGCUCAUCCCUGCACAGUGCAGCCAGCACUGGAUUCCCUGUCUUCUCAAGGCUGGAAACACUAAGAGAAUGGUACUUGGAAUGCAGGGAGCUUGUGUGGGGCUCAGUGUGAGCCUCAGCAAAGCAUGGAACAUCCAGCUCUCUCUGAUGGAUAGAGGCCAGGCCAGUGGUAUUGGGCCUCUGUACCAGGAGGAGGGAGGGGAGGGCAAAGGGACAGGGAAAAUUACCCUGAGCAGUGAAAUAUGGUGGGAGAGAGGUACUGCAGUUCACUCAACUGAGCCCAGAUCUCAAACACAGGCAGUUAUACCAGAUUACUAGAAACUUGAAAUAUCAAGCCUAUCAGGUAAAGGGAGAGCCCAGGGAAGACUUGUUAAAAGUCUGUGAAAAUCCAGGGAAAAGCCCCAAAUUAAGAUCCUGUGAAGUACAGCACUUCAGCUUCCCCUUCCCUCCUGGGCUGCUGCCCAAGGCAUCGGAUUCUCACUUGUGGGCUCACCUCCUGCCUUAUCAGUCUCACAAGUCCAAAGUUAAGGUCCUUUAUGUACUUCAAGGAUGGGAGCCAAAGACUUUACAGUUUACUUGAGAUCAACUUUAAAGUUCAAAUUCAGUUAGAAAUAAACUGUGUUUAUUCAAGUAUUCUAUCAUAAUGUAGCAAGGGAGUAAAUAUAGGGGAAAUCAGACAACAGCAAUUGUUUUGCAGCAGACAUUUCUACAAACUCCAUUAUUACUUUUAGUAUAUUUUUGAAUUGUGUAUUUUGUGGUCUGGAAAAGCAACAUGGCUGGGAAUACACUGCCAAUGCUGUAAAAUGUUUCCUUGCCAUGACCUGUUACAAGCAGAGCAUUGCUUGACAGGUGGCCAUGUGUUUUUUUAAAUUUCAGUUCAAGAUAAUUAUUCUUACUCCUCUCUUUUAUAAACUGCUACUGUUCCAGUGAAUUUGUAUCACUUGACUGUGUGUGAAUAAAGAUACUGCCAACAGGAA